UAUAUACAUUUAUUCGAUUAAUUUUUCUUAAACUGCGCUUUUAUCUCAUUUCAUUUGGAUCUAGUUAAAAUUUAGCUUAUUUACAUAACACAUGCAUUAAGAUAUUUUUCGAGAAAGCAGUUCACGCAACAAGUGGACAGUUUUUUUUAUUACUCUAAAGUGGUAACCCUGAUGAAUUAUUGGAAUAAAAAUAAAUGAUAACGAUGCACUCUCUGUUUUUUUCUUCGUCGGACACGCACUUGAAUUCUGUAAGAUAUUGAUUGCUGUGAUGGUCAACAUUCGAAAUACUUAGGAUCGCGUUUCUCAGCUUUCACGCUUUACCACAACUGAAUAGAAACUAUGGAGGUGUUAGGAUUUAUACAGGAAAUGCUACACAAUGUAGCUGAAUACGCAGCCAGCUACCGUCUCGGACAAAGCCUGCUCCGUCAGGCCGACAGACUGCUGUGGACUAUAGAGAAGACCGCGCGAUGGGCAGUACCGCCACCCUUGGAUCAAGAUGAAGGUCCACAGCCAGAAUUGAUUCGUCCCCUACCCUGGGUGUUCUUCCUGUUGCUGCUUGUUGCACUCCGAGUCACUAGGGAGUCAAUCUCUCUCAUCAAUUUGGUGUUGGGCAAACCGCCUUUGAGAUCAGCCGAUGUGGUGACAUAUAUCCAAGGCAAGCGUCGCUACCUGCGGACCCUGAAGUACCAGGGCAGCAGAGCGAUACGCUCGCGCAGCGCCGCCCAGCCCACCUCCUGGUACAGCAGCGUGCAGUCGCUCUUUGAGUUCACCAUGUGCUUCCGACGGCGUCACAACUACGAUAAUAAUAAUACAGCGCGAGUCAGCAACAAUGAUGAAGUCCUGGUUGUGAAACGCAACAAGGAUGGUGGACAGGAAGCGAGCCUGGUGACCACCACCAGCGAGACGACUAUGGAGAGGCUCAUUGAGAAGAUGAUGGUCGACCUGCAGGCUGACUCCGAUGAUGACUCCAGCUACUACACGUUGACAAAUCCAAAAAGCGACCAGUCCACAGACGAUGCGGAUUUCGAGCAAGAAGUAGUGCAAAAUGACAUUACCAAUAAUAGCAAACAUCAAAAUGACAGCUGUCAAAGUAAUACGUCAAACAAUGAUAAUAACAUAGACAAGUUGAACCAUAGAGAUACUGCGACAAAUGAGGAGGGCAAAUGUGAAGAAGAUAAUUUGGUACCAUCGGAAAUGUCGGUAAAGGAUGAAAGUUUUCGAUUACUUCAAAGUGAAAGAAGCUUGGAGCACAAUAAUAAAGAAGGGCUUACGACACUUAAGUCUGGUAUGGCCAACGGUAAGAAAUUGUACACCACACCGAGCUCAGAUAAAGAAAACGAAAGCCCUUGAAAUCCUUGAAGCACAACACAUUUUACAUUUUAAUAAGUAAGAGUUUUUUUACUAAACAUUAUUGGGAU